GGUUGGUAGCGACGGUUGUUUACACCAUGGCGACCGGCGGUGAUAAUGCGACCGAGGAACGAACCGAAUCGACGGCUCCAGCUCAACCCAUCUCCAAUGUUGUGUCCGAGGCAACGCACAAAGUAGGAAUGGAUAAGGAUGCUGACAUCUCCGGCAUACCACCGGCACCAAAGAAACCUCGCGUUGAAGUGCAAUCCCUCCCAACCAGACAGUAUUUGGAUCAGACCGUAGUACCGAUACUGCUGCAAGCGUUAUCCUGCUUAGCCAAGGAGAGGCCUGCCGACCCCAUAAGCUUCCUCGCCGGUUACUUGCUGAGAAAUAAAAGUCAAUACGACAGCGGCGGCUCGCCGCCGACUAGUCAGUGAAUGCUUCCCCGUCCGCAUACGCGUUUUGUGAAGAUCCACGGACGAUUACUUCGUAAGAACUCUUCCUUUAUCCUCAAGACUAUACACGGGAAAUUCGGCGUGUGUAAUCUCACGUAGGUGUACUAUCAUGUUGAAUAAAAUGUAUUAGCAUUUUGCUAAUGUCCUUGUAGCAGGAUGAUAUGUGGUACUCUUCUACGGAAUAAUAUACAUUUUAAAGAUACUGAAAUUAUUUUAAAUAAAUAUUAUUGCUUUUUAAUAUGAAGGAAAGAAUUGCGAUAUUCGUACAAGUUGUCCCGAUGCGAUGAUACAGCUGUGAGAUCGAUAGUCAAAUCAAGGUAUUGAUUGAUUGAUUCGUGAUUACUUCGCGGGCAGGCGCAUCGAUCUUACAUCAGCGUGAAGGUUUAACACGUUAAGUGGCCGUGCGGGCCAUCGAUGGCCCCCAAAUUGGACUUUCCGUUCAGGCUUCGUCAUGUAUAUUUCAUGUCAUCUCUUAUCUUCACAAUAAUGACUUUUACAAUCUUAUACAUAUACGAUUAUUAUAUCUUACAUAAA